AUGUCCGCUAACGACUCCUACCCAUUGCCAGGCGCUGCUACUCCGAGGCCCAUCACUGGACCACCAGAGAAGGAUGCUCUCCCCCCGGCGUCUGAAGAGGGUGCAUCUCAUCCCCGCGUGAGCGUAGACGUACAUAGUACUCCUACCACCAUCACCUCCUUCUUCGACAUGAGGACUAUCCUCCGCGCACUGAACCUAAUCGAGCGCUCACCUCCACUUCCACCUCGUGAAUCAACGAUACAGCCGUCUCCAUCACAGGGCAUAUCUUUCGACCCAUCCCAGACCCUCGAGUUCAAGAGGCCCUUUACAACAAUCAGCAGAUGUCACCUAACCAUCACCAACCACACCGCCCAACCACACAUCUUCAAAGUGAGAACGACGCACCCGCAGAUGUGCGUUAUCCGACCACGCAGGGCCUGGCGAUUGGACGCAGGGAAUACGGUCAACGUCACAAUUUCCCAAGCGCCCAUGGAGGAGGAACCACCCAGGAAUGCGGUGUGUAGAGUAAAGUUUCUGAUACUUCACACCGCUCUUGCUCCGGGGAGGGAAGAGUUGUCUGUUGAGGAAGCCUGGGCGAGUGUGCCCGAAGGGAGUAGUGUGUCGCAACAUAAAUUGCAAGGAGCAUGGGUUCUUGCGAGGGCAGCUUAG